UUGCGACAGUGUCACAUGUGCUGCUCAGCUGUGAGGCAAACAGCAGGUAGAGUUAAUGAUUAGCUGAUGUUUAUGAUUAGCGAGAUUGCUUAAACACACCUCCUGGACCUGAGACUGGACACGUAUCAGCAAGGACAGUGUCUCCUCCCCAGAAGAAUAACCCAAGGUUCGAAGUCCAGUAAUCAAACCCAGUGCAAAUGGACUCCAAUAGGUCAGGGGAAUGUAACAGAAAGAAGUAGACAAGCUACAGCGAGCCAAGCCCAGCCAAACUUUGUGUGCAUGGAUGUGUUUGCAUAUAUGCAUUGUGUACCUUCUUCAACAUGGUGCUUGUUUAUUGUGUGCCUUUUCAGUGUCUAUGGACUGAAGAGAGGGAGAAUGAUGAUCUUGAGGCUUCGUCAGAAAUCACAAAAGCGUUUGUCAAAAGUGAUGAGAUCUCAGCCGCUGCUGCUUCACCUGUCCCAAACACCUGUUCCUCAGAAUCCCCCCCUGGUAACUCCAACAACUCCAAUCUCUCCACCCUUUGCCAGUGACUCUCCUGCUUCCAUAGUGCCCAGGAAACGGGCAGGUCGCUGCAGACCCCGGCCAGUGUCUGACUAUGGCCAGCUGGCCAGUUCAAAGUACUGCAUCCCAGAGGAGGACAGGGAGUCUGAGACUAUGGACUACACUUCCCAAAAGGACUACAAUACCAAUGGCAGCUACACAGAGAGCAGCAGACCUGAAAAUGGUCAUGUGUGCACUCAAACAGAGAGCAGAAAGAGACGGCCAAUCUCUGUUAUUGGAGGAGUGGAUAUGUUUUCAUCCCCAACCGCUGAGCAGAAGGACGACACUGAAAGCCUGCCUUCUCCGGUAUCUCGUCCUCCAGUGCCCUCUCACAGAGUGCCUCCAUACCGGGCUGUGUCUGCCCGUCUGAGACCCUGCAUCUUCUCCCAAAGCACACCUAUCGGUCUCGAUAGGAUGGGGCGGCGCAAAGGGCGCAGAGUGCUCAGCGAUGGCAGCUCUGAUCCAAUGCUUGAUGACAGUGUAAGUGAGGAGGACGGCAGCUUUGAAGAACUGACUGAAGGAACACCAUAUCUACAACCAGAAGUUGAUCUUUUCACGCUAAAUCAGUACAUACAAUCGGGACAUGCCGUGUACGCAGAGGCUCUGUGGGACCACGUCACAAUGGAAGAGCAGGAGCUGGCCUUCAAAGCCGGGGAUGUAAUCCGGGUUCUGGAUGUUCAGGAACAGGACUGGUGGUGGGGGGCGGUGGGCGACCGCGAGGCCUGGUUUCCCUCUAGUUUUGUGCGAGUUCGGGUGAAUCAGGAGGAUUCAAGCAGUGACAGUGUGGAAAUCGCACCGGAUGCCGAGGAAUCUGUCCCACCAGAUGCACACAAACAAAACUCGCAGCACCGACAACAGAUGAGAGCCAAUGUGGUCAAAGAGAUCAUGGAAACAGAGCGCGUUUACAUAAAACACCUCAAAGAUAUCUGUGAGGGAUAUAUCCGUCAGUGUAGAAAGCACCCUGGCAUGUUUACUGACGCGCAGCUAAAAACAAUCUUCAGCAACAUUGAGGACAUCUACAGGUUCCAGAGAAAGUUUCUCAAGGACCUAGAAAAGCAGUACAACCCCAAAAACCCUCAUCUCAGUGAGAUUGGCUCCUGCUUCCUUCAGCAGGAGGAUGGUUUCGCCAUAUACUCUGAAUACUGUAAUACACAUCCAGUGGCAUGUGCAGAAUUACAGCGACUGAUGAAACAAAGCAGAUAUAAACACUUCUUCGAAGCCUGUCGUCUAUUACAGCAGAUGAUCGACAUCUCCAUUGCUGGCUUCCUACUUACGCCUGUACAGAAGAUUUGUAAAUACCCUCUUCAGCUGGGAGAGCUUUUGAAAUACACACCCAAAGACCACAGUGACUACGAAGGGGUGUGUGCCGCACAUAAAGCAAUGAAGAAUGUAGCAAGUCUGAUAAACGAGAGAAAAAGGCGACUUGAGAGCAUCGACACCAUCGCUCACUGGCAGGUGGCCAUCCUCCACUGGGCGGGUGAUGAUGUGUUACAGCGAAGCUCUGAGCUCAUCCACUCCGGCGAGUUAACGCGGAUAGUACGGCCCGGUAAGACACAGCAACGCAGCUACUUCCUGUUUGACCACCAGCUGGUGUUCUGUAAGAAAGACGUCCUACGGAGAGACCUGCUACACUACCGUGGCCGUAUGGACACUGACCUAGUCGAGCUAGUCGACCUGCCUGAUGGACGACACGCUGAGAUGGGCCUCCUGAAGAACGCGUUUCUCCUACGGCACGCUGAGAAUCUGAACGUGCUGUGUGUGUUGUGCUGCAAAAAGAACCAGGACAAGCAGCGAUGGCUGCAAGCGUUUGCUCGAGAGCGCAGACGGGUACAGGAAGACCAAGAGAUGGGGAUGGAGAUUACUGAGGCCCAGAGGAAGCAAGCAGUUCACAACGCCAGGAAAUCCAAACAAGGAAAAAUGAAAAAAAUUAAUUAUUCUGAUCAUCCCGGGCCUCCUCACCAUCAACCGCUACAUCCACUCCAUCAACGUCAUGUGACCGUGCCAACCAGCAUCCCCCAGCAACAGGUCUUCUCUUUAGCAGAGCCAAAGAAGAAACCGUCCCACCUGCUGUACUCGCUUGCACGCAGUGCCCUCUUCAGGAAAUGACAAAAAGAGACACUUCACUCAGACAACAUUUAGUGUUUUUACAUUGAGAUCUGUAAAUAAUGAAAUAUUACCUGGACUACAUGUCAGUUUUUAUGUCAUACUCAAAUGCAUACACAUGAAUAUGUAUAUUUAUAUACAUGUAAGUAAGCAUGUGUGUACACAUGACAUAUGUGCCUCAGUUAUAAAAGGCUCAUUAUUUAGCCUUAAGUUAGUGUGGAAAGUGUUAGUUAUUUUUUGUCAUGUCGUUUUACUGAUAUGGUCAAAAAGCUGCUUCUUGUUGGGUUUCUCCCAUCCGUCACCUCACCUAAAUGUGUGUCUGUUAUGACAAAGAGUUGUAUUCUGCUUUUUAAACUACGUUUAUAUAAUUUUAUUGCUUUAACUGAGGCUGGAGCCUUAAAAAAAGUGUAAAGACAGCAAACACUAACAAAUAUCCUUCUGUAAAUAAACUUGAACCAAAUGUA